AGAACUGACGUGCGUGCUGAUGUCACACAGUUUAUUCUCCGACCUGUGCUUAGCUUCAGAAACUCUACCUUUAUUGAUCCAGUUUUGAUUUCGACAACGUUUAAUCCGGUUAUAUUUUAUAGACAGGCGCAAAAUAAAGCCGGACGAACACCUGCGAGCGCUGACAGUUCACGUCAUAUCUUUAUAGAAGGGUUUUUUUUAUCGGUUAGCGGUGAGUUUCUUGUGUUAGCUUGAGCUGAUCUUCAGUCAGAACUGCAAUCAUGGGCUCCAGAGCUUCAUCUUUACUGAGAGAAGAAGACAUUGAGGAAAUAAAGAAAGAAACUGGUUUUUCCCACAGUCAGAUCACUCGUCUCUACAGCCGCUUUCACAGUCUGGAUAAAGGAGAGAACGGAGCGCUCAGUCGAGAAGACUUUCAGAGGAUUCCCGAGUUGGCCAUAAAUCCUCUUGGUGAUCGGAUAAUUAAUGCCUUCUUCCCAGAGGGUGAGGAUCAGGUGAACUUCCGAGGUUUCAUGAAAACGCUGGCUCAUUUCCGUCCCGUGGAAGACAACGAGAAAAACAAAGGCCUGAGUUCAGGCGAGCCUCUCAACAGCAGGAUGAACAAACUGCUCUUUGCUUUCCGGCUAUACGACCUGGACAGAGAUGAUAAGAUCUCCAGAGAUGAGCUGCUGCAGGUGCUGAGGAUGAUGGUGGGGGUGAAUAUUUCGGAUGAGCAGCUGGGCAGCAUCGCAGACCGAACUAUCCAGGAGGCGGACACCAAUGGAGACAUGUGUAUCUCCUUUAGUGAGUUCACUAAGGUGUUGGAAAAAGUGGAUGUCGAACAGAAGAUGAGUAUCCGCUUUCUGCAUUAAAGACCGAACAUGUCCUACACGCUGAUUGGACAAUAUCCGUGUCGGUAUAAAUAAGACACACCCCCUGACUCUACUCCCUGUGGGCUGAUUCGUCCUUCACGCUGGUCUCUCAGCCAAUGUUAAUCGCGGUGUUAAACGUGAUCACUGUUAUUUCUCAGAUCAGCACUCGCUCUUUAUCUUGCGUUGCUUUGGCACUGAAGGGAGUGUCCAGGUGCCUUCAUGUCACAGAAAUGUCUUUUCUCUCGUAUGUUAAAAUUGUAUUUAUUUCAGAUUUAAGUUGAUAGAUGUCGUUGAUGUUGGCUGAUGUAAUGUACCAAUGAUGUCAUGUUUUGCUCACUAAAAUGCCAAAUUUGAUGCUUCUGUAUGAAAUGCGUUCUUGAGAAUUCCCAUAAGAAACGGCUCUGCUUUGAUGUUGAUGGAAGUCAAGCAUAUCUCGCACACCGUUGUUGCUUUUUAGCAGGGUGGUGUGAAAGUCAGCACAUGAAAUGGCUAAACAACUUUUAAGCUCAAGAAACGAAGACCAAUCGUGUUGUUGUAUGUCUUUAAAUAGAUGAAAAUCCAAUCAGUUUUUUAGGACAAAGAGUGAUUGUGUGUGCACAUUUCCUUUUGAACGUUGAGCCCCUAAUUCGCUGCAAAAAUCAAUUCUAAAAUUACAUCUUUAAUGGUGAACUGUGUCAUUUCUGAGUCGCCCACAUUCAUGGUUAGGUGGUUUGUAAUUAAAUUUGGGUACAUGGCGUGACAGACAUGAAUAAUACCUUAAUUGGAGAAGAGGUGUAUAUUGUUUUUGGGGGGGGGGGGUUGGUUUUUUGCUAUUUAUAAUCCCAUAGAUUUGCAUUUACAAAGAGAGAACUGACUCAUAUUUAGGGACCCAAACAUUUGUUUUACUUGCUACUAUGAACAAACUACAUAGCAGGGGCAUAUUUUGCUUAGACCACGACGACCAUUUACAUUUCUGUCAUUCUUUUAGAUGCCUCUGGCACAGAAAUAACACAUAUUUAUAGCUCCAUUAUAGUCCUGUUGAUUUCAUGAAACCAAACAAAGGUUAGGUGUUGUGCGUAAUAUCCUCUGUAUGAUUUGAUUGAAUUGUCAUGCGUCAUUGUUCCAUGAGAAGCAUCCUCGGAGCCAAAACUAUUCCACAUUUUUGUGCUGUCAGGCUCACAGCCUGGGAUGAUCUGAACUGGGCUGGAAUCAAGUUUGAGCAAAAUCAAAAUUGUGUGCGUCUGUGUCCUCUGUGAAUGUAAGCACUGUUGAUUAUCUGAUCAUAUGAUAAUAAUGAAAUCUAUGUAUCAUUUACAGGUACUCGAAAUAAAGUGCAGCAUUUCUUGCAGAUUCUUGUUUAAUGUUUGAAAUACUGAAUUCUAGUGCGACAGCUUCAUGGACCUGCUGAAAAAAUACAAAUGAUUAAUAAGCUAAUCGAACACUUGCUAUGUGAAGUCUGUGAUGUGUCACGUAUGAUUGUCAUUCAAAUAAAGUGCCAUGAAAUUAUC